CAAAGCUGCUGAAGAUGGGCUACUGAUGGAUUGCAAAUCGUUCUGCUUUAAACGAUGAUUUUGGAAGUGUUCACGGAUUUAUCAUGAUGAAUUAGAUGAUUUCUCACUGCGGACCUGUGCAUAGCAACUGGUGGCAUAUUAUUUCAUCGUCAUGGAGACAAUCACCUCUAUCCCAUCGUGGCUGCGAUUGUGGGUUGUUUUAUGUGUACAGUAUCUUGGGGAAGCCAGUCAGAUAUCAGCCAAUAUUGACAUGCCAUGCAACAGUGGACAAGAGUACGUGCUAGGCCUGGGGGACUACCUGUCUGUGGGGGCCAAGGGUAACCAGUUCUUCACAGGCUCCUGUGCCAUUAGUCUUACAGCCAGAGACAAGAACUUUAAGUGUAACAAGAUAUGUUUUUCUAUGGAUUCUUUUCGUUUUACUACCUGUGACAUUAUGCUGAGCUUCUACGACUCUGGAGUGUGGAACUUUGGCACGGCAAAGCCAGAUUUUAGUGGUACAUGCCGGGCCCCCGCACGUGGUGACUGGUGUACCAGUGGUACCACUGCGGUGGUGAGACUGGAGAAUCUACGUGGAAAUCUGGCACGGAUGGUGGGGAAAUAUGAGCUCCAGAUGACGGCAAGCGCUCGAUGUUCUCAGGAGAAAGCAGAUAUAGAGCUCAUAGAGGCCAACGGUGAGGGGACGACAGGUGGGCUGUCUCUGACAGUGUUGGUCGGGGCGAUACUUGGUUGUGUUAUUCUGUGUCUCCUAAUGGCCGUCAUAUUGCUGGCUGUAAUGUACCGGAGAAAACAUCAGCAACAGACAUACCACCAGGCAGCAACCACCAUUUCUAACACACCAAUCUCACCAGAGACAUCUUAUCGCCCUGUACAGGAAAGUUGUGGAGUUAUUGACCAAGUGGAUGAUGACUGUACACCCGCUUUAAUCAAAGAAAAAUAUAACUGUGGUGUAGAGCGUACACCCUCUCACCCUCGACUACCAUCAGCUCCACCUGUUGAUGAUUGUUACUCGGAUUUACGUCCUCCUAGUUAUAGCUACUGUGUAGCACCUCCUGAUUAUAACGGAGCUCCAGUGGACAAUUCCAUUCCAAGGGAAGACAACCCACUCUGAUAUACGGAGGAGAUGAAGUACAAGGAUGAGUAACUUUGACAUUCAAUCAUGCAUAUCAUGUUUGGAGAGUGAUUUCCCCUUGAUUGAAUAGUCUCCAAAAGAGGUCUCCCUUAGCCUCUCUGACCAGCUACAACGGUCAUUGUGAUUGGGUUAAUUAGGUGAAAUGGACCUAUCAAAAUCCAUCUCUCUUCAAUGUAUCCAUUCAUGGGAUUGGUCAAGCAGUGGACCAAUGGGAUUCUUUGUAUGAUUGUUUUAAAAAGAAGUGAUAAAUGUAUAUUCCUUGAAGUGUUUACAGGCAGAUUACUUCUGAUUAUAAGAAACCAUUUAAGAUUUUCUGUUUGUUGGUGUUACGUCUUACUAGAGACAGCUGCACAUCAUGUGUAUAAUUAACAAUGAAUGAAAUGCAUAAUUAAUGAGUUCAGGAUAUACUUUAUUUGAACACACUAUUCCUGAAAACUAUGUUGGAAGGGAGGUAACUCAUUUUAAAUUCUAUCUUACUUGUUGGUACGUGGAGUAUUACAUGGUUGUUCAGUAUUUUCUCUUUUGUUUUGUUUUUGUUUUUAGAAUCCUGUACAGAGAAAAUUCCCCACUUACCAGAAGUCAGGAUUUUCAUUUAAAAAGUACAUGUAGAUUGUUUCUACAUUUAAUUGUCUAGGGGUUAUAAUGUGUGACCUUUAUCAUGGAGCUGAUUAAAAAAAUUACUGAAGAUACGACAGUAUUGAUGUGGACAACUAUUCUCCCAUCAUUUUAUUCCCAAUUUGGAAUAUAGCACCAAUUCUCAGACUUUUUUCUACAUUAAGUUAUUUUUGAAUUAUUGGUUGUUAAUUUCAAUUGAUAUUUUUUCUCACUUUUAUUUUUAUUACA